AUGGGUUCUACAGGCAUUGACUCUGCCGGCGCCGAGGCUGGCACCCCAGAGGCCAAGAGACGUGAUUCUGGAGAGAAAUCGCCGACGUACAAUGGGGACCUCUUUCCGGAGGUUGCCUCGUUGAAGGUUGGCGACCAGACUCACAGAAAGCUCAAGUCCCGCCACAUUCAGUUGAUCGGUAUUGGUGGUACCAUCGGAACUGCGCUCUAUGUCCAAAUCGGCAGGAGCCUGAUGAAUGGCGGCCCCGGCAGUCUCUUCAUCGCCUUCACCGUCUGGUGCGCCGUCAUUCUCUGUGUCACGAUUGGUAUGGCCGAGAUGGUCACAUACCUGCCCAUCUCCUCGCCCUUCAUUCGAUUCGCAGGCCGCUAUGUAGAUGAGGCUCUGGGAUUCAUGAGUGGAUGGAACUUCUUUGUCUUCGAGGUGCGUUUGUUAUACAGAAAAUUCCACCAUAUCGUCGCGGUGUGUGGACCAGAUGCUGACAAAGUUUUGGGAGGAAAGGCGGCGAUGGUCCCAUUUGAGAUCACGGCCUGCAACGUCAUUAUCCAUUACUGGAGUGAUGUCGUCCCAGCUGGAGCUAUCAUUGCCAUCACCAUCAUCCUCUAUGCUCUCAUCAACUUUCUUGCCGUGCAGUGGUACGGCGAGACAGAGUUCUGGGCAGCAUUGGGCAAAGUCCUGCUCAUUGUCGGUCUGCUGUUCUUCACGUUCAUCGUCAUGGUCGGGGGUAACCCCCUUCACGACAAGUUCGGCUUUCGGUACUGGAAGGAACCGGGCGCGUUCAACGAGUUCUACCAUACCGGGAACCUGGGAAGGUUCAUGGGAUUCCUCGCUUGCUUGAUCCAGGCCUCCUUCACCAUUGCUGGUCCCGACUACGUCUCCAUGGCCGCCGGCGAGGCCGAGAACCCGCGCGUCGUGAUGCCCAAGGCCUUCAACGCCGUCUUCUACCGCCUGACGGCCUUCUUCGUCCUCGGCUCGCUCGCCGUCGGCAUCCUCGUGCCCUACAACGACCCGGAGAUGAGCGCCGCCUUCAAGGACAACCUGCCCGGCGCCGCGGCCUCGCCCUACGUCGUCGCCAUGAACCGGCUGCAGAUCCGCGUCCUGCCCGACAUCGUCAACGCCAUGGUCCUGACGGCCGCCUUCUCCGCCGGCAACAGCUACGUCUACUGCGCCUCGCGCUCGCUCUACGGCAUGGCGCUCGAGGGCAAGGCGCCCCGCUUCAUGACCAGGUGCACCCGCAAGGGCGUGCCCGUCUACUGCGUCGCGUUCGUCCUGCUGCUCGCGCUCCUCAGCUUCCUGCAGGUCUCCAACUCGGCCAGCGUGGUGCUGCAGUGGUUCGUCAACCUCGUCACCGCCAGCCAGCUGAUCAACUUCUGCGUCAUGUGCACGACCUACAUCCGCUGGUACGCCGCGCUCAAGGCCCAGGGCAUCCCGCGGGAGAGCCUGCCCUACCGCGGCUGGUUCCAGCCCUACGCUGCCUGGUUCGGUCUCGUCAUGACCUUCAUCAUGGCCUUCGUCGGCGGCUACACCGUCUUCCUGCCCGGCAACUGGGAUAUCCCCACGUUCUUGUUCUCAUACACAAUGAUUGGCCUCUGUCCCAUCCUGUACUUUGGGUGGAAGAUCAUCCACAAGACGAAGAUCCACAAGGCCUCCGAGAUCGACCUGCAGCGAGAUCUUGCAGGCAUUGAGGAAUACCACCGAAACUAUGUCCCCCCGCCUCCUGGGUCUAUGUAUUCGAGAGUUCUCGACAAGCUCUUCGGCUAG